CCCGGGCGGGCCGGCGGCGCGCACAAGUCAGGCGCGAGUUGCAGGCAGCCGGCGGUGGAACAGUGCCUGUAAUUUGACACCGCAGCGAGAGGCCGAGCGGAGAGAGGCAGCGAGAGCAGCAGCGGCCGUCGGCGACUGAGGCGAGGAGGAGGAGAGGAACCCUGGGGAGCGGGAUAGUGACCACCUCCUUCCCCUCCCCAUAGCGGCACUCCGUAGCAGCAACAGCAAACGCCGGUGCCGGGCUGGGGGCUCUCGCCUUCCGCGGGGCCGGGGGCAGCCGGUGAUGAGAUCGGGACGGGUUCCCUGAGCUCCCGGGAACUUUCCCCGCCGCGGACAGCCGGAGCCGAGCAGGCGGAUGGAGGAUGCGCUUUCCCCGGCGGGCUGCGUGACCCGGCGGCGGCGAAGGGGAGGAUGAAGAAGAAGCAGCAGCACGGCAGCGGGGACUGCCCGGCGCCUCGGCCCCCCGCGGCGGCGGGAGGGGGCCCGGGUCAGAGCGGGAGCUGGAAGAGGCGGCGGCCCCUCGCGCUGCUGCCCUUCCUCUCGCUGCGCGACUACGGCUUCUGCAUGGCCGCCCUGCUGCUCUUCUGCCUGGGUUCGCUCUUCUAUCAGCUCAACGGGGGGCCCCCGCACUUUCUGCUGGACUUGCGACACUAUCUGGGAAAUUCCACUUACUUGGAUGACCACGGACCACCCCCUCAAAAGGUACUUCCAUUCCCCAGCCAGGUGGUCUACAACAGAGUUGGAAAGUGUGGAAGUCGAACUGUGGUGUUGCUUUUGAGAAUUUUGUCAGAGAAACAUGGAUUCAAUCUGGUUACAUCUGACAUCCAUAACAAAACAAGAUUGACCAAAAAUGAACAGAUGGAAUUGAUAAAAAACAUAAGCACUGCUGAGCAGCCCUAUUUAUUCACUAGACAUGUUCACUUCCUCAACUUCUCAAGGUUUGGAGGAGACCAGCCUGUGUACAUCAAUAUCAUCAGAGAUCCUGUCAAUCGGUUCUUAUCCAAUUAUUUUUUUCGGCGUUUCGGAGACUGGAGAGGAGAACAGAAUCACAUGAUCCGUACCCCCAGCAUGAGGCAGGAGGAGAGAUACCUGGACAUUAACGUAUGUAUCCUUGAAAACUACCCCGAAUGUUCCAAUCCCAGGUUGUUUUACAUCAUACCAUACUUCUGUGGACAGCAUCCAAGAUGCAGAGAGCCUGGCGAGUGGGCACUCGAAAGAGCGAAGCUGAACGUUAAUGAGAAUUUUCUGCUUGUGGGCAUUCUGGAGGAGUUGGAAGAUGUGCUGCUUUUAUUAGAAAGAUUCUUACCUCAUUAUUUCAAGGAUGUGCUCAGCAUCUACAAAAAUCCAGAACAUAGGAAACUUGGCAAUCUGACUGUGACAGUGAAGAAGACCAUCCCUUCUCCAGAAGCAAUACAGCUCCUCUACCAACGCAUGAGAUACGAGUAUGAGUUUUAUUACUACGUCAAAGAACAGUUCCACCUGCUAAAGCGCAAAUUUGGACUGAAGUCUCAUAUCAGGAAACCACGUCCCAGGCCUGAGUUCUUCAUCCCUUCUCCCCUGGAAACAGAGGAGCCAAUAGAUGAUGAGGAAGAAGAUGAUGAAAAGUGGCUAGAGGAUAUCUAUAAAAGGUGAUGGAGGGAAGAGCUAUCCCUUCUCUUCUGGUGACCCCCUCCAGCUUUCUUAAGAUUUUAAUUAUUAUUAAGAGUAAUUCCUUAAGGAACUGAGUUAAUGCGCAGCAGCAUUGAACCAAAAUGGAAGAAACCAUUCCCACAUGCUGGGGCCAUCAGGAGAUACCUGGUUUUGCAGGUUUGCUUGUUGUAUGUUGUUGGCUCUAUAGCACCCUUGCUGGAGCAUAGUCCGAGAGAAGUAUCUAUUGUCUAUCACAAAAUAACUUUUGAAGUACCCCGAUAGUCGUCUGAGAAUCUGCAAAACAUUAAAGAACAGAUUAAGUGGUCUUGCAAAGUAAAUUUGACAGGCUGCUCUCUUCUCCAGAAACAAGUCUUCAUUGCACAGUGCUGCAGUGUUAACUACCAACAACACGAGCUAUGAGCAGCAACCCAUGUGAACACCUCUUUCUGCCCACAGCACACUCGUGUCCCUGUAGUACCAUCAGAGCCCUUGCUGCCUCUCUGCAUGCCUGAGGAUAAGAGGCUCGUCAAGGCUCUCCUGUGCAGGAGCAGUAAGGCUGCUAUUCUGGAAAAUGAGUGUUAUAAGGCAAGUGGCAGGAAUCAUAUGAGUUUGAUAAACCCUUCUAGUUUAUAGAAUGAUAAAAUGGCUUAGGUUGGAAGGGACCUUAGAGAUCAUCCACUCCAACCUCCCUGCCAUGGGGAGUUCAUAGAGUGGAAAAAGUUACUAGGUCAGUAAAUGGCAUCAGCAUAUGAGAAGUUUACACAGUAGAGUUUUGUUUCUGCAGUUGGGUACACUUCUGUUGGACUCUGAAGGAAAAGGUGCAGCAUACCCUUUCUGUGUUCAGGAAGGGUAUUUGUAGAUGUUUACUCUUCCUGUGGUCACAAAUAGAAGGAGAUACAGAAACAGUUAUUCAGUUAAAAAAUGGUGAUCUGGAACUCCUGGUAUUUUUGUGAUCACAGAACUUUGUUGCUCACGUCUGAACCUGAGCAUGGCUGCAUUUAGCAUGGCUAGAGUUAAAAUUAGCGAGGUGGACACACACAAUUUCUCUGACUGCAAUGCAUCAGAAUGAUAAAGAAAAGGAGGUAUGCUCUGUGGAACCAAAGCUGACUUAAUGAUACGUUGUUAAGAGAGUCACUGUCAAAGUUGCCCUUGUUAAUCACUACAAGUGUUAGCAGCAAACACUAGAGAGGGGAUGGGUGGAGCCCGGGAGAGUAAAAAGGAAUCAUUCCAAUAUGUGACAUGCUGUUGUUUAAGGUGUAUGUCCUCGGGCUUCCCUGUGGUAAGUGGGCUGGGCAGAAGUGACAGCCUUGCAGGCAGAGCUACUUUCCCACUGGCUUCAUAGCAAAAUAGUGGCAAUUUAGAGGUCUUGGUGAGGCCUUGACCUCUCGUGCUCCAUUUUUGCCAGAUGUUGGACUAGUAGAGGAUAAUCUUAAUUAAUUCAUAGAAUCAUAGAAUCAACCAGGUCCUAGAGCAUAGGAAAGAAGCUGGGCUGAGGAGUAUCACAGUAUAACCAAGGUUGGAAGAGACCUCAUAGAUCAUCAAGUCCAACCCUUUACCACAGAGCUCAAGGCCAGACCAUGGCACCAAGUGCCACGUCCAAUCCUGCCUUGAACAGCUCCAGGGAUGGUGACUUCACCACCUCCCUGGGCAGCCCAUUCCAGUGUCCAAUGACUCUCUCAGUGAAGAACUUUCUCCUCACCUCGAGCCUAAAUUUCCCCUGGCGUAGCUUGAGGCUGUGUCCUUUCGUUCUGGUGCUGGCCACCUGAGAGAAGAGAGCAACCUCCCCCUGGCUACAACCACCCUUCACGUAGGAGCUGCAGCACCUUGCCAGGAUCAGUCCCAGUAACACUGCAGGGGCGAUAUACCUCUGUCUAAAUCCCGUCCUUUAUCAAACAUCUUCUGGGCAGUUUUUGCUUCCUGUUCAACGCCUGCCUCACCAGCAUCACUGCUAUCUGCAAGGUCAUGUUCAUGUUUCAGUUUGCAACAACAGGCAGAAGUUAUUUUGUGAUGGACAAGGCACAUCGACUCAGGCUAAGCUCAGACGGGCUUUACAAGGGUUUCCUCUUCUAUCAGCCUGUUAAGAGCCAAUAAACAUAGCCCAUCUUCAUCACCAGUCCGUUUUUACUGUACCUACGCACAGAGAACGAAGAUAAAGAAGCAUAAUCAUGUUAAGAUAAGGUCCUAACUUAGAGAAUAUAUUAUGUAGAAGAUUCUGUUGUCAUUAUUAACGUUGCAGGCUGGUGGUAGCAAUGCACUUGUGUGGGGGAGCGCACGUUGAAGUCGGUUGAAAAUGGCACAGGUAACAACUAACAUAUUAGCUAAAACCUGAAUCUGCUGCGUUGUAUAUUUUAAGUGGUUUCUAUGAAAUUACAUUGAAAGAGUAAUUAAUAGUUUACACACUGUGGAGUUGUUAUAUUUGGAAAGAAAUCUAAUAUUCUCAGCUUUCUGAAGUUCUGUUUCAAUCCUUGCCACCACGGUAACAGAAUAAUCAGUCACGUAACUCAUUCCUCCUUCCUGCAAGUUCAUCUCUUUGUUUAAUGGCAUUUUCAGCUAUCAUUACAUAGAACCUAAAUACAAAACCUGUUCAGUCGUUGACUUGCUAUAGGUUUCAGUGUUGUUUUGUUUUUCAUACCAAACGACCUGGCCUCUCCUUUUUGAAUGGUACUUCAUAAAUUUAUCUGGCAGGAAGCAUCAAAGGUUCCUGGUCCUACAGCCUAUUUGUCUGCCUUGAGAUCUGUUUUACUUAGUUGUUCAAAGGUACGUUUUAAGCUGGUUAAUCUUUGAUUUAUUUAUUGAAACUUUUCAGCACAUUCCAAAUUCUAAGUUGCUCAGGAAGAAGUUGAUUUAAAUGAUUAUAUUUUGAUCUGAUGAAUAUUUCUUAUUAAACCAAAAAAAAAAAGAAAUAAAAAGAAAUAUCUUUUUUUUUAAACCUUUAUCCCAUGACAGCUUUGUAGGAAGUGCCAUGCAUGUGCUUGUAAAUCUUUGUGGGGGGAAACAGGUGGGUGCUUCAACAUGUAUGAAAAUAAGAAAACAUAUUGUGCACACUAGCUUAGCUAUAAAUGAAAGCAACCUAUGUUUUUGGGAUGGAAUAUUCUUUAACUUAUUCACUACUAUCUCUUGAAGUAUAAAUAAGCCAUAGGACUCUAUUUUUCAGUCCAGUGAAGUUGAAAAAGAAAACUUGUCCAUUUCUUCUUAGCACCAUAGUCCACUCGCUUGCACUGCUUUUCUUGCCUGGGUGCAGCAGCCGUGGGUAGGCUGUUGGAUCAGCACCUGGCAGAACAGGAUUGGAUACAGCACAGUUUGUCAUCUGAAAGUUAUACUUCAGCAGAGAGAUUGAGGCAGGUGGUUUUUAGGUCCCAAACUGCUGGAAGUGUGCGAGUGAAGUCAGGAUUAUUUUACUGACCUGAGAUGUGCAGUAAGUACUUUGAUAUAUGUUGUCUCAUGUGCUUUGUAGCUGCUAAGUAUAAAGAAGUUUUAUCUGAGAGAGAAAGGGCCUAUCCACUGAAUUCGACUAGAUGUGUUAUUUGAUGGGCUGGCAUAAGAGCUCCAAUAGUCCAGAGUGAUGUUGUGAUGUAAGUGAAGCCUCAGGGCCUUCACAAUAGAGAACCAACUGUUGUCAAAAUGCAGCAUUCUGGAAAAAAAUCACUUUUUGUCCUACGUGUCAAGUGACAGUGAGAAAUGGUGCAGGUUUUUGUUCCUUCCCAUGUAAAUUGUGCUGAUGAUACAGUCCUGAGUUCAAGUAUCUGAAAUGUUCUGUACUUCUGUGUAGAAAGGUGACUUGGCAGAACUGAAGGUGUGUGGAACUGGUGGUGUACUUCAAGCAUUUCCAUUUCUCUGCAUUUCUUUAUUGUUGGAGCUUUGAUGAAUUGUUUGAAUGUUAUCAUGUAGAAUGGUACAUAGUACUAUAAAGACACCACAAAUUUAAACACUGGAGAGUAGACCUGUGUAUUCUAACCAUUGGAUUCUUCCUUCUUUCAAUACUUGAUGUAAUAAAAAAUAUUUAAUAUAAA